UCGCCUCUUGCAACGUGGAGCUUAUCAGAUUCUUCUCUGAUCUCCGAUAUUCGGCGACCUGCUCCUCACCCUCAUCCCCCUCGGCCAGUUCCCCCUUCGCAAGAUCUUAUCAGAUCUUAUCAAUCUCGCGACGUCUGCACCGCUUCGUCUACCGCGCUCUCAUCAGGCCUUCUUCGUCACAACGGCUCCAUUAUAGCCAUGGCCAUUUCACUGUCCAACUUCCUCUACGACUUACUCCUGCUGCUGCUCCCCUUCGGACUCAUAGCGGGGAGCAAUGCGCAAAGCCAGACAUACACUUACGAUUGGAACGUGAGCUGGGUGAACCGAAACCCGGAUGCUCUGGCUGAACGCCCGGUGAUUGCCCUCAAUGGAGAGUGGCCGUGGCCUCUGCUCAACAUCACCAAAGGAAGCCGUGUUGUCGUGAACUUGCACAAUCAGCUCGGCAAUCAAAGCACCAGCAUUCACUUUCACGGGCUGUUCCAGAAUGGCACAAAUGAUAUGGAUGGCCCAGUUGGCGUGGUGCAAUGCGAUGUUCCGCCAGGUCGUUCAAUGACGUACAACUUUACGAUUGACCAACCUGGCACGUUCUGGUACCACUCCCACUCCAAAGGGCAAUACCCAGACGGUGCUCGAGGCCAGUUCAUCGUCCACGAUCCGGACAGCCCGUAUCUUGGGCAAUACGCCGAAGAGGUGGCCUUUACGUUGACGGACUGGUACCACGAUGAAGUGCAGACCUUGUUGCCUCAAUUCGUCAGCUACAAGAAUCCCACCGGUGCCGAGCCGAUUCCCAACUCGGCGCUCAUGAACGACACGCAAAACAUCACCGUGUCCGUCCAACCGGGCAGGACAUAUUUCUUCCGCGUUUCAAGCGUCGCCGCGUUCGUUGGGCAAUACUUUUGGAUUGAAGAACAUGAGAUGACCAUCAUCCAAAUCGAUGGGGUGUGGACGAAGCCGGCCAAGGCGAAUAUGAUAUACCUGGCAUCGGCUCAGCGUUGUGGCUUUUUGGUCACGAUGAAGGAUGAUACAUCUCGCAACUACGCCUUUGUGGGCAGUAUGGACGAGACGUAUCUUGACAAAAUUCCUCCAGCGCUCAACCCGAAUGUGACGGGUUGGUUGGUGUACAAUGAUUCCGCUCCCAAACUUCCCGCAACCAACCUUACCGCCUGGGAUGUCUUUGACGACAUGACGCUGGUGCCGUACAACGACCAGCCUCUUCUGGAGAAUGUCGGCACGGUUGUCACCCUCGACCUUCAGAUGGAGACGCUGGGUAACGGGGCCAAUUAUGCCUUUUUCAACAACGUCUCAUACGUCACCCCCGUGGUGCCAACGUUGUACACCGUCCUCAGUAGUGGCGCCGCAGCCACCAGCCAGGAGAUCUACGGAGCAUACACCAACACUUUUGUCUUCAACAAGGGCGAUGUGGUGGAGAUUGUGCUGAACAGCGCAGAUUCGGGGAAGCACCCCUUCCACUUGCAUGGGCACGAAUUCCAGGCAGUUCAUCGUUCCCCGCCGCACGAGGGCAAAUUUGAUGCGAACCAGACGCACAACUUUCCAGUAAGCCCGAUGCGUCGGGAUGUGCUGAUGACCCAGCCCGAUGGGAAUUUUGUCAUUCGAUGGGUGGCCGAUAAUCCUGGUGUGUGGUUCUUCCAUUGCCACAUUGACUGGCAUCUGGUCACCGGACUGGCGGCGGUGAUGAUUGAAGCGCCACUGGACCUUCAGCGAAACCUGAAGGUGCCGCAACAACACUACGACAAUUGCAAGGCAUUGGGCGUGCCUUUUGAGGGCAACGCCGCCGGCAACACGGUCGACCUUUACGACUUGACCGGGCAGAACAAAGACGUGCCCCGCCUGCCCAGUGGGUUCACAGCCAAGGGAUAUGUGGCGAUUGUGUUUAGCGGCCUUUGUGCCGUGCUCGGAAUGGCGGUCAUUUCCUGGUAUGGAGCGGCGCCACUGAGUUCGGCAGAGCUUGCAUCGGCUAGGAGUUUCAUCGCUGAAGCGGAAGGGCAGAGCAAUUGAGGAAUUGUGUCGGGAGAAGAUUCGGGCCCGUAUUUGCAGGCAGCGUUGCACGAGAGUUUGAUAGUAGGCAGUAUCACGCAAUCUGUCAUACCGAGAGGGGGGGUGUACCGCAUUUCUUCGAGUCUUCGGAUGGGUCAAGGUGGUGAUGAGCGGCGGGACAUGUUCUAGGGUUCUUAUCUAGCGCAACCUUAACCACAGCAUUGGAGCGGCUACUGCGGAGCCCCUUCCCGGCACAUCCAAUGAACUGCAGGCGCGGUGGAAUUCCGUGAACAACCACUUCCCUUUGCAGAGCUCCUUCCGUUUGGCAAUUGACGAUCA